ACCAAUGUUUAUACGGUUAGUACUGUGCACGGCCACAACAGCGCUGCAAAUAGCGUUCUAGCUGUUAUUCAGAGAGUGGCCUUUCUAUCCCUCCCUCUCUUUUCUAUGUGGGGGACUCUGAUUAGUUUGAUAUUAUAAUUGAUCAAUUUAUUUGGUAAAAUGAUUAUCAAAGAGUAUUCUGGUAUCAUAAUGAAGGUUCUAGAAUAUUUUUUUUGUGGGAAAUUCGAGCACCAAAGCAAAAGCAAGGAGACAAAAUCAAAAUCAGUCGAUGGUGUUUAUGAUUUGGAUGUUAGUUUCCUUGCAAACAAGAGUGGUGUGGAAUGCACUUUAGGACCUUUUUGGGCUGAGGUGUUCAGCAUCCGCCAGUUCGUCAGAGUCUUCUCUGGAUCAGAGCAGACAAUGACUGCUUUCCAAGACCAGGCGAGCAACAGGCCUGUCGUCUUUGUCAGCACCGGGGGAGCGGGAGCAUAUGCCGUACGAUGGCGCUCUGGGAAGAUGUGUUUGGAGCCGCUCGUCUGCUCCGCGGGCGAAGUCCAUCGACUCACCGUCACGCUGAAGGUACGCUGCUCGGAGGAGGAGGCUGAAGGGGUGAGCCUGGUUGUCAGGGGCUUCCUACAGAGAGCAGCACUGCUCCACCCGGACGCCAGCAUCUCGCUGAACCACAGCCGCGUGAACCACAGAUUGGAACAGCAGUCGGACUGCUUGUUAAGCAGUUGUUCCAGAUUAUAUGACAAGCUGAGAUUAAGCUUGUGGCAUGCCGGCAUGGAGCCGGAGAGCGAUGCCGUGAGCGAGAGCAGAGUGAGCGACCUGCAUUUGCAUCUCGCCGGCGCACAGCAGCCGCUCAUCACCACGGACCUCACCAUCACCACCUGCGAGAUCCCUUGUCCGAGCGAAGGUUCGUUGGGCCACCUGCACGUGUCCGUGCUGGGGACGACCGGCUGUCCUCUGGCCGCGGUGGGGCCGGACCUGGCGCGCCGGGUGUUUGUCCCCUUGGCACGCCUCGAGCCCGGCCCGACGGGGUGCGCCGCCCCCUCACCCCUGCCCCCGCCGGACGCCUGCUACCAGGCCGGUGAGCCCGGCACCUCGUGUGUCGUCCUGCUGGUGUUCGCGGCGUCCCCGCAUGACGAGUCGCUGUGGGCGUGCCACCGGCGGCUGGGCGCGCAUCUGCACGCGCUCUUGGCGGCCAACAGGCACGCCAUCUCCAACGCUGUUCAGCAGCAGUUGGGCCGCAUCCCAUCCCAGCUCCCUACUUGUUGGAUGAAACCGUUCACGGAGGAGCCGUGCUGCCAGCAAGUUUCCACCGCAGCCUACAGAGUGUUGCGCAGUUCGACCAACUCGAGGUUCCGAGAGCGGUGCUUCCGUCUGAUGGGGGUGAACAAUGUUCAUGAUGCUGGGAAGAAGCUGGAGAAGUGUCUCAUGGAGUGCCUAACACCUGUGAAUGCUGCAUCUGGGGACUCACAGGCAACAGAGACUACGUGUGGAUCUCAGAGUGCGUCACAGGGAGAGGAACCCACGCAGCCUACAAGUUUUGAUGCGACCGUACAAGGCAACGAGGACUGCAAUGAAUUUGAGAAUAUGUGGAUUCAGAGAGUAAUUUGAGUCCUCCUCAUCGCUUCAAACAUUUUUUUGUCGAGAAGAUACAGCAGUAAUGAACUACAAACAAGUUAUGCUUCUAUUGACAAGAUCUUCCCAUAGUAAGUUUCAAAAAAUUUGACCUUUCUCUAGAAACAUGAUUUUUCAUUCUUUUAUGAAAUUACACCCAUAAAAUAAGUUUCAAAAGUUCCGUGAAAAAGAUCUUAAAGUAGAUGCUAACUGUAGUCAGCUGUAGAUUGUAGAUAUGGACAGACACUUGAAAACUCAAGUGUAAAAUCACAUACCGCUGCUUUGCAAACACUUCACAAUAAAACAUAGAUUUACAAAAUUACUAUUUAUGCAGUUUUCCCAAGUAUUUCUUACACUGUUAAGAGAAAUUGUAUAUCCCAGUAUUUAUGCCUAAAACAUGACACAGCAAAUGAUGUUUAAAAAGAAAAUAUUUUAAUGUCUCAAACGUAUGUACUAUUUUUUAUUACAGCAUUGAUGCUCUGCUUAAACUUAGUGAUAAAAAAGUAAUAGAAAUUGUAUUUUUGUAUCUAUGAUUAUCUAAUCAAUAUGUGGGUUUGUUUCUUAUUUAUUUAUGAAAGACACUAGUACGAAUUUUACAUCUGGUUCAGUGCACUUUCUCAAAAAAAUUGUUGUGUAAAUUUUGAACAUUUUUAAGAAUUGUAGUUUUUGAAUUAAUGCUAACAUGGUGGAAGAAAAAGUAAAAUUAAUAGAGUUUACAUUUCUCCCAGUUGUGAUCUCUGUUUUUGUAAAUUCAUAGUUUAUGCAGUUUUGGAACCCAUCCAUUGAAAAGCUAUACAAAAAAAUAAUAAAAAAAAAACAAGUGAAAUUUGGUUGUAUAAUUAAUGAAAAAAAUUACAAAUUUUAAAAUAUAUGGUUUAAUAAUUUUGAAUAACAUAAAAAUUAUUCUGUUUUUGUAAGUUUCCACAUGUAUUUUUUAUGAAUACCUUUCAAAUACGUAGUUUUAUUACAUGUCAAAGAAAAACUUCUGUAACUACUUGAGGUCGUCUUGAUUUCAUUCAUCUUGAAAAUUGUAGACACACAACAAGCUAGCGUUAGGAAGUUGUUGAGGAAAGAGGUAGAAUGGUGGUUUGAAUGAGGUCAUUUUCUGCUGUAGUCAAUAUUAAUUUAAUUAAUUGUGUUUGUGCUCAGAUAAUUUUUUUAUCAGAUUUUUAUGCCUAUACAAAUGCCUUUUGGCAGAGUUCAUGGCAAAAUACAAAUUAGUAUAAAGAAAUUAUCACACUGAUAUAAUCUGUUUUUUGAAAAAAUUUAUUUUACUGCAACAAAAGUACAUUUUCAACAUAUUUUUUUGGUAACAUAACUGUUAUUACAAAGAAAUAAUUUUGUAACUGUGGAUAAACACCAGCAAUUUUUUUUUGUUGCAAUAUAAAAAAUUCUCUUGUGAAAGCAUUAGAAUGGUCCU